GGGAGAGGGAGGGGGAAGGAGGAGGAGGAGGAGAGACAGAGCUACAGAUAGAGAUAGAGAGGCUGACAGUUCUAGGGACCGAGAGAAAUUGACCGGGAGACAGAGAUUUGGACAGUGGGAGGGGAGAGAAGCCAACUGGCAAACCCCGAUGUGAAGUUGCCGAAGAUCCCCGGGCCCCCUGCGCAGCGGGGGUGAUGUGAGCAGAGCACAGGAAUGCCUUAUGUGGAUCGGCAGAAUCGGAUUUGUGGGUUCUUGGACAUCGAGGACAAUGAGACCAGUGGCAAAUUCCUACGGAGAUACUUUAUCCUGGACACCCAGGCUGACUGCCUCCUUUGGUACAUGGACAACCCUCAGAACCUGGCAAUUGGAGCAGGAGCUGUUGGAUCUUUGCCAUUGACCUACAUCUCCAAGGUGAAUAUAGCCACUCCAAAACAGAAACCAAAAACUCCAUUUUGCUUUGUCAUCAACGCCCUUUCUCAGCGUUAUUUCCUGCAAGCCAAUGACCAGAAAGACCUGAAGGAUUGGGUAGAGGCACUGAACCAAGCCAGCAAAAUCACAGUGCCCAAAGUGGGGAACCUGCCCCUGGCUACUGAGGUUGCCAAGAGUCCAGCAAUUCCUCAGCCCUCAGAAAAAAAGCUACAGGUGGCAUAUAAGACAGAGAUCAUUGGUGGAGUUGUGGUCCACACACCCAUCAACCAGAAUGGCGGAGAUGGGACAGAUGCAGGUGUGCAAGGUCACCAUGCUAUCCUCCGGAGGUCUCAGAGCUACAUUCCUACUUCGGGAUGCCGAGCCCACCCUGGGCCACCUGUCCUUAAGAGUGGCUACUGUGUGAAACAGGGGAACGUGAGAAAGAACUGGAAACGUCGUUUCUUUGCUCUUGAUGAUUUCUCCCUGUCCUACUACAAGUGUGAACAGGACAGAGAUCCUCUGCGAACCAUCCUUCUGAAAGAUGUACUCAAGACUCAUGAGUGUCUGGUCAAAUCCGGAGAUCUCUUAAUGAGAGACAACUUGUUUGAAAUAAUAACAAGCUCCCGGACCUUCUAUAUCCAGGCUGACAGCCCAGAAGACAUGCACAGCUGGAUCAAGGAGAUUGGUGCAGCUGUCCAGGCUCUCAAGUGCCAUCCUAAAGAAAUGUCCUUCUCUAGAUCAAUUUCUUUGUCCCGGCCUGGAAGCUCCAAUUUCUCAGGUGUGCCCAAUUCCACCCCAUACAGAGGACGGCAGCCUGGGGAAGAGAAGAAAGCUCCCUGCAAAGCGCCCUUCAUUGCUUCAUCCUGGCAGCCCUGGACGCCUGUCCCACAAGCAGAGGAAAAACUGCUUCUUGACGAAGAGACUCCUGGAAACUCACCAUUCAUGUCCAGACUCGGGGAACGUGAUGCUUCCAUGCUGUCAAGUUCUCGAGUACGGCAUCGAUCAGAGCCCCAACACCCCAAAGAGAAACCAUUUAUGUACAACCUGGAUGAUGAGCACAUACGGACCUCCGAUGUGUAAUCAGGCACAGCAGGGCUAGAGAGAAGGGAAAGGGGCUCCUGUGACCUGAACGUUAUCAUGAGGGGCAACAGUGCAUCAGAAAUACUUCUGUGGGGUUCAAAGUUCCCCAGGCAAUGCAUUCUCCAGGACAAUAUGUAUUUAACCUGCUGGCGCAGGGACAAGGGACCAGUGGUACCAUGGCUGUGUUUGUUGGGAAUGGUAGAGUUCAACUCCAGGUUCUGAAGUAUUCAUCAGACUGUUCUGUGACCUCUUUGUUGAGAUGUCCUUUCAGCAGUUACCAUUUUUCUGUUCUGAGAGAAGUAGAUGAGCUGACUUUUCCUCUAACAAAGCUCUUUAUCUGUGUGCUUUUUUCCCCUGAUACGAGAAAUGUUAUUCACCCAAUAUUGCUAUUAUACUUCUUGGCCAAGAUCUGACAAUACAGGGUAGAAAUGAUGAUACAGACCAAUCAAGGUGAAAACAGCAGGUGGAGCCUGAGGAAGGAUCAAGAUUUCUUCCCAGAGAUCUUGGGGGACUAUGAUACUUUUGCUUGUUCUUGGAUUUUUCAUAAUACUCUUAUUGUAUCCCAUCCUCCUGUUAAGAAUAAUCUGUUUGAGAGAUUUUGGUCAAAAUUCAGUGUUUUUCCUCAGGUUAUAGGCAUGGACAGUUUUCCAUGGAAGGAUGAGAAAAGAAGGAAGAGAGUAUGGGUCCCGGUCCACCACAGAGUAUAAAAUAGGUAUAUGAAAAUGCUAGGUUGUCUUUUGCAUCCUUUUUGAAAUAUGAAACAGCCAAAUACUGUGAAGUCAUGAGACAGGAGAGCCUACCCAUCCUGUUGGCAUGCAAAGCUCUGCUCUUUGAUGUCAAAUGGGUGUUGCUUCCAGUGUGAUGAUAUUAAUUUGAGAUUAUGGAGGAUUAAUGAAUAUGAUGAUUCCAUAGUCUCAUGUGUGACUAGUCAAAGCUCUACAUUCCCAGAAUUUGGACUCAUAUUAACUUUGAAAGUAAGUACUGGGCCUGCUAUGGAAAAGGGAAAACAAAGUUCAAUCAAGUGAGCUGUUUUCUACCCGUUUUCCAGCCAGAAUAUAUUGUCUUGUCAAAAGUGAAGAACUAUUCCUUUAGCAAAAAAGAGCCAACCUCAGUUCUUGAUAAUUAUUCAUGAUUUCUUAGACAAUUGGAGAUUGGUUUGUGGAUAAGACCAGACCCCCAAAUUACCCCAGAAUUGUCUCAGGUAAUCAAUUUUUAAAAAUCCCUCACUUAGAUCCUUUGAAUAAUGUGUUGCAUAAUUUAGGGUACAUUGAAGAUUCUCUCCAUUUCCUCCCUCAACAUUUCCCCAAGUAAAUCCUUGGGAUAGGUAGAGAGUGUUCAGUAUCUAUUAUUAAAGCAACAAAAUUUAAUCAACAACUUUCAGAAUCUUUUUUUUAACAUCCAUGAGAUUAUUAAAAACACAUCUUUUGAUAUUUAAAUUAUGGAAAACCUCUAUGGGCAUUUUAUGGUAAAAUAAUUUGGGGAGGGAUAUGAUAUUUGUACUUUUAAGAAAACAGAAACAUGUUUUGUGAAGUAUGUAUAAAUGUAAACUACUGUUAUUAGGAAAAUAGAAAUCAGUUUGAGACCACUGGAUUCAAAAGACCAAUGGUCAGAUCCUGGCUCUGCCACUUAAAUUUAAGGCCUCUCAGGCCUUAGUUUCCUCAAUCAAAUGAAGGAGUUAACCUAUAUCAGUAGUUCUCAAUGCAUGGUCCUGGGACUCCUGAAGUUCUCAGGACCCUUUCAGAAGAACCUUCAGUUCAAAACUGUUUUCUUAAUAAUAUUAAAACAUUUUAAUUUUGAAUUCAGUAAAUAUCAAUAGAUAUAACCAGCUGCUGGAGCCAGCUCAAACUAGCUCUUAAUAGCUUACUGUUAAAUUUCCAGUGUGACUACUUACACCUUGGAAAUCCAUAAAUGCUACAAAUCAGAGAUUAGUUUAUUUUGUUGAUUAUCUAGAGUUAAGAAAGUGAUGGAGAAAAUGUUAAUAAUGCAAAUUAAACUUAAAAAUGUGCAGUGUGUACAUUUCUUUUUUUUCUGGAGAACUAGUUAUUUACCGGCACACCACUAAAUAUAAUCUACAUAAACAAAAGAUCUUGUCAUGGAGGAUGGGAGGGGGAGCUCAUUUUUUGUGGGUCAAAGAAUUCUGAGAUCAGAAGUUUGGGAACUACUGGGUUAGAUGAUCCCCUUCUAGCUUAAGAUCCUUGUGAUUCCAUUGACUGGAGUAUCCUCAGGUAUUCAUUAGAAAAGCAUAAGAAAUUUAAUUUUUCUAUCCAAAUGAUAAAGUAUGACUUUUCAUGUUAGAAUAUAUCUAUAGUUACAAAGAAAAUAUUCUAACAUAUAACACAGAUGUGUAUGUAUACAUAUGAACAUACACGUGUGUAUAUGCAUAUAGACACAUGCAUAUUUACAGUAUAUGUGUACAUGUACAUAUAUAUUAAAUUUUUCACUGGGAGUUUUAAAAGCUACCUGGGGUUUGAUGAAUCAGGGCAAAGCUAUAUGACUUACAGGCAAGUAUUUGCCUCUACCCCAAUUCCUCAAGAGUUUCCAUUUCCCUAUCUGUAAAAUGAGUUUAAAUUAGAUCUCUAAGGCUAAUUCCAGCUCUAAAUAUUAAAAUUAUACUUUUUUUCUUAAACCUAUGCAACUAUCCUACAGUUAUGCCAAGUCAGUAUGAGAAAAUGUCUUCCCUUUUUAAAAUUGUUUUGUCAGUCUUAGGCAGUGACACUCUGCUGGGGGCUGGGGAUUAGAACAGAAAGAAUGAAAUGGCUACUGUUUUCAAAAAGCUUACAUUUGAAAAAUCUCCCAUUUAGACCCAUAAAUAUACAUCUGCUUUGACUAUUAAAACAAUGAUUUUUAUUUUUCAAAUAAAAGCUGGUAUCUAAAGGAAAAGGUUAAUAGAAAUGCUUUUUCAUAAAUAAACAUCUACCUUUUCUAAUUGGGGUUACUGUGCAGAAAACACUUGUUUAGAUAUUCACACCCCCUCAGAAAGUGUACUUCCAGGAUUAUAUUUUUCUUUUCUUUUUUCUUUUUUGUUGAGGCAAUUGGGAUUAAAUGACUUGUCCAAGGUCACGCAGCUAAGAAGUGUUGAAGUGUCUGAGAGAGAUUUGAACUCAGAUCCUUCUGACUUCAAGGCUGGUGCUCUAUUCACUGCGCCACCUAGCUGCCCCCAGAAUUAUGUUUUUCUUGAUUUAUUUUUCAUAUUUAGAAUUAUCCUUUGAAAGGUAUGGUUUAUGCACUGAGUUAUGUCUUCUCCCUAAAGUGAGCUGAGUUCUCUGAUCUUUUGACUAUGAAGUGACCAAGAAAAGCCACCAUUCACUUCUAGGUCAUUUGAUCUUUUUUUUUAAGUUGUAACUUGGGUGUUCGUUUGUUUUUUUAAUCUUGUCUUCAAGUAUUCUUAAUUAAAAAUAAUUUAAUGGCAUAUGGCAGACAUCCCAUACUAACUGAUUAGCUAAAAGGCUUUUUCUUCACCAUGCAGGAAGCACAUAAGAAAUUAUCAUAGGAUAUCCGUAAAUGCUCAUCAAACACCCACAUAUGUCCCCUGUAUAUCCCCUUUGCCCUCAACAUAUUUCAUUGACCAGGAUUUAAAGAUUCUUUUUCAAAUUUUGCUACUGAUGUAAAACCCCUCUCCAGUCAGUUUAAAGAAGCAUUCCAUCUAUCAGAAACCAAAUUCUCCUUUUUGGGAAACUUUAGCAUUUCUUUCAAAGAACAUAUUGUGAUAGAAAUUGCAUAAUAGUGAUUAAUCAAUUAAUAAAAUGGCAUUUAUUAAGCUUUUACUAUGUACAAAGUAUGGGGCUAAGUGCUGGGGAUACAAACAGAAAAUCAAGAAUGGUUCUUAGGAUGUAGCAGCAAAGCAAAAAAUAAUGUCUUCUUUUAAUUUCCCAUUAAUAAAAUGAUGUUUCUCUUUA